CUUCCCACCCAGCCGCUGCCUGGGCAGACUCCCAACCUGGGCCUCAUCCACCACUAGCUUCUCCAAGGAUCACAGGCCUCUCCGGCCCAGCUUCUCUCUGGGUCCUGUCUGCAUCUGCAUCCCUCUCCUGAACUUCUUUAGGCACCUGGGCCUCUAUUCUCUACAUUUCAGCUCCUCAGCAAACAGGCCUCCAGCUGCUGCCCCCCUUCUCAGGUCUCUCGGGUCUCUCUUGCCCGAGUGGGCCUUCUAGGCUGUUCUACCCUUUGACCUGCAGCCCACUCCACAUAUGGAGAACACGGGACUGGUGGUGCAUGGGCAGGCGGCGCCCUUUUCCACAGCACUUCGAAGCCUUGUCAACAACCCCCAGUACAGUGAUGUUUGCUUUGUGGUUGGUCAAGAACGGCAAGAGGUAUUUGCCCACCGGUGCUUGCUGGCCUGUAGAUGUAACUUCUUCCAGAGACUUUUGGGCCCUGGGGUACCUAGUCCUGUGGUGCUAAGCACUGUGCCGGCCGAAGCCUUCUUAGCCGUGCUGGAGUUCCUGUAUACCAACAGAGUCAAGCUUCACCGGUACUCUGUGCUGGAGGUGCUGACAGCAGCUGUGGAGUAUGGGCUGGAGGAACUUCAAGAGCUGUGCCUGGAGUUUGUGGUGAAGGUGCUGGAUGUGGGGCUGGUUUGUGAGGCUCUGCAGGUUGCUGUAACCUUUGGCCUGGGGCCACUGCAGGAGCGGUGCAUAGCCUUCAUAGAGGCUCACAGCCAGGAGGCGCUCCGCACCCGUGGCUUCCUGGAGCUGUCUGCCACCGCGCUGCUGCCCGUGCUACGCAGUGACAAGCUCUCUGUGGACGAGGCUGAGCUGGUCCAGGCAGCCCGAACCUGGGCACGCGUGGGCGCCGCAGUGUUGGAGCAACCCGUGGCCGAGUUGGCAGCGCCAGUGGUUCGAGAGCUGAGACUGGCUUUGCUCUCCCCAGCGGAGCUAAGCGCUCUGGAAGAGCAGAACCGACAGGAGCCGCUCAUCCCGGUGCGGACGCCAGUAACCAAACACAGAUCCACUCUGCCACAUGGGGACGAAGAUCAAGGACUGAAGGCCAGGGACUUCGGUCUUCGUGGUGACCUGCUUUCCCUCUACAGGUUGAACAGAUUGUGGAGGCAUGGAAAUGCCACACCCUACAGAGAAGAGAUGCGACCCGGAGCGCACCGUGUCGCCGGCGGAGGGGCACCCUGCCACGGGAUCACCAUCGCUUUCUGGACCUUCAUUUCAAAUGACCCACUUCCGGACCUUUCGAGGAGGUUGACCACAUCCCAAACUACAGCUCCCGAGGUGCUCUGCGCCGGAGGUGGACUUCCGCUCCCAGCAAGCUCAGCAGCCGGAUACGGGAAGGACCGUUCUGCGUCUGGAGUAAAGUCUCCGGGGAGGAGUAGGAAUUGCGCAAUGGGGCUAGACUGUUGGGUUGGGUGCUGUCUUGACACCGGAAAAGAGGGUGGCCUUUGUUGCUUGAGCUCACGCGGCAUCCCGCAAGUCCGUCAUUCCUCUGCGCCCCCUACUCGGAUGACGCUAUAUCUGAUUAGCUCAUCCACUUUAACAAGUCAGCUUCCUGGCUCCAGGUGCAGCGCAGAUUCGAGCUUCUCACCUUCUUUCCCAGCCCUGGAAAUAGUGUUUCUCUUUUCUGCGUAUCUGGAACCCGGACCUCAGUUUUGGUUUUUUGGUUUUUUUAUUUGUUUUUUAUUUUUCCAGACAUGGUUUCUCUGUGUAGCCCUGGCUGUCCUCUGUAACUCACUAUAGAACAUGCCUGCCUCGAACUCAGAAAUCCGCCUGCCUCUGCCUCCUAAGUGCUGAUAUUAAAGGCGUGCGCCACCACCGCCCCGUU